UGCGGCUUGCCAACUUUAGUUGCACGAUCUCGUCCGAGGUGUUGGGGCCGCCGCUCUUCGUCGAGCUCCACCACCACGCGCUCCAAUCGACCGGUCGUUCGAUUGGUCGAUCGUGCCGUGUAUGCUCGACUCUACGAAAACCGUAUCAUCCGCCAGAGUUCUCCGUUGGUCUGGCAACCUAAAAUUCUGCUGCGUAAUGCGUUCAAUCGCGCGCGAAAAAGCUUAUCGCGUGACUCCGAAUCUUCAGCAUCAUUUCAGAAUUGUUACAGUAUCGUUUUUGCGUCAUUUCGACAUUUCGACUUCGACGACAGCAUUCGAGACGGUCUCAUAAUAUCUUUAGGAUGUGAUGUCGAGUCUUCUAUUUGCUCGCACGUGUAAGACGAAUGCUUCGUGCAAAUUGACGUUUUUUUGGUGGAUACAACGGAGCUACGUUAAGUUUCGAUGAUUGACGAGGAUUGUGCAACGACUCAUCUUCGGACAGUGCCGAGUUUUCAUCAACAAGCAUGCGGACAAAGAGUAAUUCAUCUGACUUCUGACAUUUGUACGACAAGUUUUCCGGCAACGUGAAACGUAUACAUUCUAUGGUGCGGACUAGUGAAAUGUAAAAAAAAAAAAAAAAAGGGAACAGAAACAUCGAGUUUGGUGCAAACUUAUUGUGAAAAGUACUGUGUCGCGAUGUCGUCGACUGGUGAAUUUUCGACGUUGUCGAGCGGCGAGGCCACCGGAACCGGCGAGGACUCGUUGCCGAGCUCGAGAGAGGCGACCGCCGAGGCCGCGGGUUCCGGCGGUGGUUUCAUGCCACUGCGCGAGUUCUUGGACAGAUUCUCACUGCCAAGGGUAGUCAGGGUCGAAGGUGCCGGUGGAAGGCCGAUACUGUUGUACAAGCAACAACAGAGAUCGCUUAGAGUCACGGCUACGCUGCUGAUGCAUCGUUACCGUCACGACGUCAAAGUGGGUCCGGAAAUAGUCAUCCCGGAAGGCUAUCCUGGCUGGUUCUCCGUAGUCUCCCACAACAGUGGCACCGGAAAUGCCAGAGUAUACAGGAGAGUCGGCGCCUUGGUGCGCGCUGGAGUACCAGCAUUCUUGCUCGCGAAACCAAUGCGGGCUUACACGUUGACGCAUUCCAAAAUGGAGAAUGGAAAUUUACGGGCCCACUACACAAAGACGACGGUGCGUGCUGGUGAGGUUCUCCGAUUGACCGCCGUUUUCCAAGAUACUCGCCGGGCCCCGGUCGCCAGUAGCGUGUCCGGAAUGGUCCCGGAAAGUAAAUCCUCGAGGUCUUCGGAGCGGGAUCAGUACGCUCAAUGCUUGGACUCUCAUGGGCAUGAGUUGUUCGCACCGCUCUCGGCUAGGGGCGAGUUCUACGCGACCUGUCAGAGCGGCAGCCUUGACACCGGCAGCGACGCAGUGCUCUACAGGGUUCAUCAACUCGCCAGGAGGGAUUUACCCCUGAGGGUGCGUCUAGUCGCUGGACCCUUACCCAUACCGUUGCCGCGAGAUUACAGCGGCCUGAUGCAGUUGGAGAACGCGACCAGAGGGCCAAUAGUCCUCGGGUGCGCAGUACCGCUGAUGCCCGAAAGACCCUUACCUAAUACCACGGUGCCGGAACUUCUGGAGCUUGUCGCGACCGGUCCAACCGCACCACGGGUGAAAAGGGCACGACUAGGAUGCCCUUCGGAAGCAAGAUUGCUCGCUUCGCCAAAAAUGCAGCGAUUACUCUCGGCUUGCAGAAGAGCCUUAGAUCAAAGGGCAACUGAACCUCGAGUCGCCCCGCCAAAACCGGCAUCCAACAAUAGUCAGUUGAAAGAGCUGCAUUUGAAGGAAAUUAAAGCAAAGCCCGAGACGAAGCCAAUAUUACAAAGCUUGAAAGAGGGCUUAGAGCAUAUCAAGAAGACGACAAUUCGCGACCGAAGCAACACCCGCAGCGCUAGUAAUAACCACAGCUUCCUCGAUAGAAUUUCGAGGAUAACGCAGGGUAGUAAAAGCAGAAACCCGGCGAAGAAAUCGGCAUCUUUCACGUUUGCCGUGCGACCGGAAAUUGGCAUGCGGUCACCAGAGAGAUACGCCAGUCUGGAAUCGGAAACGAAUCUGAUGCAGGCAUCGUGUAGGCAACAAGUGCAACGUUCAAUCUCAACAAGUGUCCUCGAGAUGCAGACCAGCAAUCCGGACAUGGAUCCACCGUAUUCCAAGGUGAGAGAUAGCCUGACGCCGUUGCCCCCGACCCCGCCGCCAAAAUCGGAAGAGAUCUAUGCCGAAAUAUGCGAAUUGGUCGGCGGCAAUGGUUUGUUGCGGGAUUCAACGCAGGAAGAAAAACUUUCACCGAUCGGAGAAAACAGCACCAGAGAACGAGAUCGGGGCUAUGUGAAGCUUGCGUUGUCCCAUUCCGAGACAUCGGACGUGUCGGCGAAUACCGGUGACGACGAAGAAGGUAUUUACAAUACUGUAUGUUGAAUGUGCGCCUUAAGUAGCCGCCGACUCGCGUUUAUUUCACACAACCGAAGAGGGCGAAAGAUAUAGUGCUCUUUUCGAAAAAGAAAACGGGGAGGGGGGACGAAAGUACGAUGUAUCGAUCGCGGACGCAAACGAGUUGACGAGGAUCAGGAUUUACGAACCACCGUCAAGAAAAUUGCUACGCCAACGAUUUCUUUUGCCGCGAACGCGAACGUCCACCAUAGGGUAUUGCGCGGAAUGAUUUACAAGGCUGUUGACCGAGGAAAAUGAUCCCGUAAUUACGGGCCCCGCUGCAUGUUGCUGCAGCGGAUGUAGCGGGGCACGCCGACCGGCGAUAGCACGCAGCAUUGCUUCGUGGCUUCCGUCAUUAGAGAAUCUGUCGUCUCGCAAGAGGCGUGUUAAUAGUACCGGACUUUUACCGUGAUUACCUCGGUCACGGCCGCUGAAUGACGUUGGUAUCGUAAAAUCUGCUCAAGAAGUAUCCAUUGAUACAUCAUUACAAACUAUGAUUCAAUAAUUCAUUUGCAAUAAUGAAUAUGAUAUCGAUAAUUUAAUCAAAUAAAUCUUAAAAAUUAACGCAAAUAUUUUGUUAUUUGGUAAUACUAAAUCUAAUAAUAUUUGAUAAUAUUAAUUUCUUUUAUUUAAAAAGGUUUUAACUUAAAAUACAUAGAAGUGUCUUUUUUCGAGUUUAAUAAACUAUAAGUAAGGUAAACCGAAGUAAAUCGGAUCAUAGGACGAAUCAGAAUAAAUAAAGAUUAAGGUUAUAUUCUGAUCAAAACUUUUAUUCGGAGUGCGAGUUGUCAUAAACGUAAAAAUUUUAUUAAUCAAUCUUAUCUUGAAUUGAUAGUGAAAAUACACUUAUUUUAGAGGUAUACUUAUAAUUUGUCAAUCAGUGAACUAAAUACAUCUUUCGAUAAUUAUAUACUAAUUCUGAAAUAAAAAAUUAUUGAAAGUCAGUGGAUAUUAAUUAAUUAUCGCAGUUAUAAGUAUACUAUUGCAAAUCAGUGAAAAUACAUUGAUUGCAAUUUGGGGAUUAGGAUACUUUUUCUUUUAUAUUUUUAUAGUAUUUGGUUAUCUCAGUGCUGAUUUUUCUUUAUAAAUUACAAUGUUCUUUCUCCAAGACAAUUACGCUAUUUAAAAUAUGCAUUCCAUAUACGCGUUCUUUAAUUAUUGACAGUCUCUUUCAUUAAAAGUCAUUUCAGUUCUCUUUUUUAUUCUUUUCUAUUAUUCAUUUCUUUAGGGGUAACAUUUAUCUUCCUGUCGCUUAUUGCCAAAAAGUCGUAAUUUUAGUUUAUAUCGCUUGUUUAGGAAAUAUUUUAGAAAAAUAUCAUUAUUCUAUUGUAGCACUUCAGCAGGUUGUAUAAACAUUUAAUGAAAUUAAUUUAAAAACAUAAUUUUGGAUAUGUAAUUCUUUUUAAUUACAAUUAAAAAAAUAUCUAUUAUUUUUAUUAAUUGCGUAAAUUUCUGAGAAGAUACAUUUGAAUUAUAAUUAAUAUUAUCGAAGAAGUCCUAUCGUACCAUCGAUAUACCUAUUUCGAGACCGAGUUUCGACAUCGCGAACAACCAGGUCUUUUGCAAUAGUUAUUUUCGACAUCGGGGAGUUUCUUUAUGAAAUUAUCUAUCUGGAUUUCCGACUCAGAUGGCUAAAGUCGAAAAUCAAUAAGUAGGUCGCAUAAAUUAAAGGAAUUUAGACCUGUGUCCACGGCGUGUCGUUUCCCUCCAUAUAACAGGUAGAUGAUCAGAAUUUCCAGGAUGACUGUGCGCGACGAUGAUUUCUCUAUUAGUAACAGACGCACAUUUAAGGCAUCGACAGCAAUAAUCAGUCAUUGUCUAUCCACUGUCCAAUGGUCCAUUGACUAGUACUCGCGACACUUGAAUCUUCGUAUUUACAUUUCGUCGAAUUCGACCCGCGCAACAGUUUUUUUUAAUUUAAAAACAUAAUUUUGGAAAUAUAAUUCUUUUUAAUUACAAUUUAAAAAAAACCUAUUCUAUUGUAGCACUCCAGGUUGUAAAAACAUUUAAUGGAAUUAAUUAAUUAAAACAAAUAUCUAUUUUAAAUGUUUUUUGCAACGAUUAUUCAAAUGGCUUAUUUCAAUUAAGCAUUGUUCGUAAUUUCUUCAUAUGUGUUCUUGAUUGUAUUAAUUGGUUGUACAUCCCCUUGGAUUUUUCGUUUUUUAAGAGAAAUGAAAAAUUUGUCUGAAGUUUUAGUCCUAAAAUGUCAUUUAAAAACUUACCGGUAUUGGUAGAACAAAAUGCAUUAAAGAUGAGAAAGAUUUGUGACAGGCGUACAGAGAUGAAACAUUUAUCUCGCCUAUUCUAGUUCAACAUCGCGAUCUCAAUGGCAUGCACAUACAACUUGGCAUAGUCGCUGCGUGUAAUCCGACAGAACCAAGAGUCAGUGCAGUCAUUUCCGAGUCGUUGAUACAAGAGACGAGCGGCGGUAAUGCGGACUUAAUGCGAUCAAACGAGUCCACCACCGCUUUGCAACGCGGACGGGAGCGAGGCCACCGCGACCGGUGUGAUUACCGGUAGUAGGUUCGAUGAGUAGUAGGAGAGAUGAGUACGUGUGUACGCGAUCGCGUACUUAGCGCGGAUCGGCGAGCGACCGGCCGGUCGGCUGCGAGUCCGGUGUACGGCCAACGGUGCCUCCGAUCACGUAAUCUGACUAAUCGUUUCCGGUUUCGCCGGCGCGAACUUACUUCCAGUAUUAUGGCCACGCGAAGUAAUGUUAGACCAUCUCCGCCUGUUCGCCGAACAGGCACUGAUGAUACGCCUCACUCGCCAUACGAAUCUGCACGGUUCACUUGGGACGAUCAUCCCGGAAAGAUCGACUGGUAAAAAAGGAAGAAAGAGAGAAAAAUUAAUCCGUAAACAAUAUCUCGGAAAGGUAGAGUGAAUUGAUAUAAAAUGAAAAUUUUUCACGGCAUUUUUUAACUUGCAAAGAAAGACAAAACAUGUAAACUUUGGUCCAAUCGGUUUGUCACGCUUUUUUUUUCUAGAACUUACAUUGUUUUUAAAACUUUGUCUACUUUCAGUAUUAUAAGUUGGACUCUUAUUAUAAUAAUUUUAAUAAAUCUAAAAUCCCAGGAUCUUUCGGUGGUCUUUCUAAUAAAUGAACAAAAAUAGUAAUUCUAAAAAAUUAACAUAAUUUUUAUUAACAUAAACAAUUUCUCCUGUUUUUGGCAUAAGCUUGCAUUUAUAAGUAUAAUAAUAUAUAAGUAUAGUAAUAGAUACAAAAUAGGUCGCGUUCGCUUUUGUGCUGAAAAAAUCAUUUUCUUACUUCCUUUUUGCUUUGUAUCUUUCAUUAUAUUAUUAAAGAUAAUUUUGAAAAAUUAAAAUAAAAAAAUUCUACGAGCAUGACAAUGAUUAAGUUUAUUUCAAUUUUCAAGAAUAUGCAAAACAUGUUCUUAACAUUGUUUUUUGAAACAUACAUAAUAUAGAAAUUGUCGUCCAUUUAUGGCACACCAUUCGCAAUAAUAAAGUGGAAGUGAACCGUCUAUGUCAAAUGAAAAAUGGUCGAGGCAAUAUGUACAAUAAAUAUUAUGAUAGUACCUCAAGAGCUCUGGGUGCGGGCUUAGGAAUCGUCUCCUUUGAUUCUCCCGACAUAUCGGUGCGUUUUUUCAUUAUUACAUUUAAUUUUUUUUCAUUGUAUCGCGUCUUUUUAUUAAAGGUAAUGUCCCUUGAUUAGAAUCGGUGUAAAAAAAAUAUUUUCUUUAGAUGUUUCUACAUCAAGAUGACUUGUCCGUUAAAUUUCUUUUCACGACAAACUCUGGCAAUGGAAUAGAUGCAUUUUUCUUUAAAAUGCCUUGUUUGUUUUGAUUAACUUUUACUUUUGAUAUAUUUUUCCAAUUAUUAUAGGACAUAUAAUUUCAUUUCAUUCUAUCAUUAACAAACUUCUUUUUUUACAUCUUGGCCAAUCAGAAGGCUCUAUCGCGAUGUUUUUGCUCGUUUUUCGCCUAUUAUAUUGUCGAUAGCUUUAUAUGGUGCAUUCGACUCUGCAUUGGAUUUUGUACGGAAAUCCUGAUUUAUUGAAAUAUUAUUGUCAAUGGCUCGAUUUAUAGGCUAACUAAACAAAAAUAUAAUUCUACUUACGUAGUGCAAGGAGAAUAACUCAUUUCACUUGAGUUUUUGUUCUUUUCGUUCUGGUUUCUUUUUGUAAGUCAAAUAUAUUCGCUAUCAUUGGUCUCAAGAGCAGAGUGUUGUGAGCGUUUGCUCGGAACGGGAGUUCUUCCUGAAGGUAGUUUGGGAUUCGUUCUGCUUUAGGAGUUAGGACCUGAAGGGUGAAGGUUCGGCUCCUGGUUAUUAAUAAGAGAAAACACUCUCUGUUUGUUUGAUAAACUUUUAUUAUUGCUUGUGGUCAGGCUUACACUCAGCUGUUGCGCGUACGGUAUCAGGUAUCACUCGCGAUAAGCGACUCGUAGUAAAGCGACGUAGCUCGGACGUUGUUGAAUUACUCUCUGCUCGAUCACGGCAUGGUCGUGCUUAUAUACAAUGGUUUCUGGCGCAAUUUUGGGGCCAGGCGUUGGUGGCUUCCGCGAGGCUAAGCGUUUCGAUAUUGGAACGCGGUAGCCUUGCGGUUCGAUUGUGCGUAGGGCUUUAUUUCUGGGGCGAUACGGAACUGCUUCCGAGCGUGAUGUUGUAAGCUCACGGAAGUUGAUUGGGACUUCCGUGAGCGCGGCGAAUUCUUAUGUGUCUUUCGAAAGAGGUGCUUCUCGCAACAUCUUUCGAAAGAUGAUGCGUUUCGCAAUUACAAUAAUAUAUGGUUGUAAAUCGGCUUACAAGAGCCAGUAUUAGAGGAUGUAAAUCUAGUUACUCUAAUGGGCAGAAAGAGAUGAGGUUAAUAACCCAUGUUAAGGUUAUAAUUUAUUACAAUUGAUAACUAAAAAACAAAUAUUUAUAGAUAUUGUACACGCGCGGACAAAAAUGCCCGGCCAUACAUAUGACGUUAACUGUAAUAACUUGUAUGUAAUAACUAGAUACGUGGUUAAUUGAAUGGAAAUUUUUACUAAAACUUUCAACUAAUGCUUGAUGGUUUAUAAUUUAAGAUUUAUCGAUCAAUUGAAGUUUUAGAUUCAAGAAAUUAGCAAUACUUUUAAAAUACAUUCCACGUAAUUACCGCGAUGAUCCACGUUGAUGAGUUCUAAUGGUUUUUCUUGGCUAGCGCUCAAUUCCUGAUAUUAUAAGAUCGCAAGGUCACGCUGUGCUAUAAGUAAUAAGGGAAAUAUACAGAGUUGCGAUUCUUUCCGGCAAACCGGUCACGAGGAUCCCUGAGGGAUAUUACACACUGCGCAUUGUGUUGCAAUGUCAGAAUAGUGCACGAGCUCACGCGUGUGCAUUCCUUCGAAAGCGAACAAAGUGCAACGGUUAGGCGCUAACAAUACUCGUAUAAACAUACCAGCCAUUCUAUUAGCCAUCUUCGGUUUCGCGGCGAAACGCAACAUGCAAAGUAUACUGACGCCUGACGGCUACAAGUCAACCGCGUAUUGCUAACGAACGCGUUUGCAUUGCAAGUAAUUGCAAACUGACAACACAAUCUUCUUUUGAUGCAUAUUUACUUUUGAAAUUUUUUAUGAGCUGGAAAAAGCUCAUUUUACUAGCGCUGCUAGUAGUCUUGUAUAGAUGUAAAAUUUUUGUUAUCGCUUUGAUGAUUGAAUCUAUGUUAACGAUCAGCGUGGCGUUAAUCUUUUGAUGAUGGUCGUAUAACUGAUAUGUACAUCUUCUAAGCGUAUAAAUCACAUCGGACUACACUGUAUCCUGGCACAUUUAUCUCACUGUCUUCUCUGGUAUUAAUCUGGAUAUUCUGAUAAUGAUUGUAGGAUUUAUCUUCACCAAAAUCUGAUGUUGCAUCAUCUCCUCAUGCGCCAAUAGACUUUGCGCAUUUGUAUUUGUUCCUCUUCCUUCUGUGGUUGCUAUUUCUUUUUGGCUUCCCAUCCACCUCUUCUCCUCUUUGAUAGCCCUCUUGUAUGUCGGACAUUCUGGAUCAAGAGCAUCAUGUUCGUCAUUUAUUGUCAAAUUAUAUUAUAUAUAGAGAGGGAGAGAAGUGCCCUACUAACUCGUCUCCCUUUCCCCCUUUUUUAAAGGAUAUUCUCACCCAGGGCUUCAUAAGCAGUCAAUCUUAAUGUCUAUGAUAUUUUCAUUCUUUCAGUAUGCUUUUUUACAAAUUGCUAAAUGCAUUUACGAGGAUUAUAGAUAUUGUACUCAAUAAAAAUAAUUUCCGAAGGAGAGAUACACUUUGCGUCCCGCCGUGACACGAUAUGACAUGUGAUUCGAUAUUUAUCAGAUUCAGACAACAAAGUAAGAAAAAGGAAAGAAAUAGAAAGACACAGACAGAAAGAAAGAGAAGGAACCAAUGGUCGGUCCAGACGACUCACUCUCUCGCGCGGACGUAAGCGUGGGACGCGAAGGUCGACGACCCGACAUCGCGAGAAUCUCGUCAAGGCCGCGCCGAGCGGUCGAGCGUCACGAAUUUCGCGCGAUUAUGUGAACGUCGACUCGUCCGAGUCCGGGAUGCUUAAAGUAUCGAUAUUCCACGCUUAUGCUUUGAUUGCAAGAUGAAAUAAAAAUUUAUUUACUUUAUUCCGUAAUGGCCGAGGAAGAUAGUAAUCUCGUAAUUUCGAGAUAUGUAAUAUCUAGCCGCUACAUUUUAAAAUCAAGUCUUUCUCCGUUGUCGAUUCUCGGCCAGGGCACGAAAUAUAUUGUACCUGGGUCGUUUGAUAAGUUUGUUAAUUUUUUUAAUAAAAUGACAUCAUCAUUUAUUUGUGUGUGUGGCCGUGUUUGAUUUUGUUGCGUUAUCUCUCUCUACCUUCACGGGUCUUUUCCAGUGGAGGACGACGACGCACGGUGUGACGCAGUCAAGAGUAGUUUGUUUUUUUUUCCGCACACACGUCUUUAUUAUAUGCCAUCAUCUUCUCUAAUACGAUUUUUUUUCCUAACAACGCUUAUUAAGUCAACGUUCAAUUUUUACAUUUACUUGUCUUUCCUACGAAGUUACUAAACUUCACGUUUUUAAAGUAUCUUUCAUUAGAAGGAUUAUCUUCUAAGGCUACAGUUGUGGUAAAAGCUGCAGCAUAAAUUCCGCAACUUAUAUCAUCUGGUUGUGUAUCAACUUGUUCAAAAAUUAUAUCUUUUUGAGUUAUUUUUGAAUGUCAAUGUUAUUUAAACAAUCGAUUAAUAACGAAUUUAAAAAAUUUUAAGGAUGUCACAAAUCCGCUUGCGGGACUCGAUUAUAUGUACAGAUAAACUGUCAUACAAGUGAAGUUGGCGUUCAUAAAAAAAUAUACAUUGUUAAUGAUUGUUACAAUUUCUUUUAAUUUUUACAUUGUUGAAAAAGGAAACAACUUAUUAUCUUAUAUAAUUUUGAUAAAAUGUUGCUUCAUGCACUUUACGUUUUUAAAAUAUGUUUUAUUAGAAAGAUUGUCUCUUAAAGUUACGUUAGAAAGAGAAAAAUUUUUUUAAUUUUUCCACAUUACUACCACCUUGAAUGAUUUGGUUUUCCCAUCGUUGUAAUUAUCGUAUCGAUAUAACUUUUUAAAAUUUUUGCCUAACUUUUUGAAGCGAUCUUGGUUUUAUUUUACCGCUUUUCCAGUAUUUCACAACUUGUUUUUUAUAGUCAGUUGAUAUUGUUUCUUCAACUGAAUCGCAAGUAACUUCUUCUGGAAAAUAGAUUUUCGCUUCUCUAAUGAAUCAACUUUUUCCGCUUCUGGAAUCUCAUACUCAUUAUAAAAAUGUAAAGUUUUUUCCUCUUCUAAUUGAAAUUGUUUUUCAUUUUUUUAUUUCUAACAGCAUACGUUCAAUUUUUACAUUUACUUGUCUUUCCUACGAAGUUACUAAACUUCUUUGUACUUAAGGAUCUGAAAGAUGUUCCAAUUUUAAUCUGGCCAUUUCUAGACACUUAGAAUGUUUGAGUAUAUAUUUGCAAUCUCUUGUCUUAAGCGUUCGGUAAGUUUAUUAGACUUUAUUGAAAGCUUUUCAAAUUUUAAUACCUCCAAAGGCUUAACCAAUAUAUCUCUCAUUUUUCUCUGAAGUUAUUAUGUAGAAACUGGUGUAGGUUGAUUAACACCGUGGUUUUGUAUGUAAACGUAAUGUUUAUUGUUCGGAAAGGAAUAUAUAAUGAUUACUAUGUAACAUUAAUUUAAUGUUGUGUCACUCGAAUACAAUUUCACGUUCUAUGUAUUACCGUUUAUGUAUCGAUGCCCGGGCAUAUCGAUCGACGAACGAAUUAGAUUGCAAGGGAGAAGGAAAGAGUGAGAAAGGAAGAAAAGAAAAUCUAGUCCCAAGACGAAUAAAAGAAUAGAGGAAAACGCUAGAAGAGGCAAGCUGCACGCUAACGUAUUUUAGUUACGCCGAUCGCGGGUAGGUGGUCAGAGACAUACGGCCGUGAAUAAUGCCUUGCUUGUAUUAGCAUAACGUCUGACAAUACUUUUUUUUUUUCAAUGAACCGCCAUGAAUUACAAAUGCACGGACGUCAGAUUGGCGUGGGACGAGAUUACGUCGACUGGAAAAGGGAGACUCGUUCGUUCGUUCGCUCGCGCGAGGCAGAGCGGCGAAAGUUGAGAUAUCGUUUUAUGAAGACAAUCUGACAAUCUCUGAUAAACAGCCGAAGGUAAAAAAAAAAACAACGACUUAAAACGUCAAACGGUAAAUUUCGUCCUGUUGAGCUAAAGCUUUUUGCACAGUUCGUGUCUUCUCCUUUCUCUCUAGUUUUUACUGUUUCAAGUAAAAAACUCUGAUCUUCUAUAUCUUCUUCAUUUUGUGUUAUAUCAUAAUUCUCAGUGUGCCUUUACAAUCGUUUGCUAACGAAGUCCGCCCUUAAUCUCAAUGCAACCCCCGUUGCACGCACCAAGCGAGUCGUGUCGGAGUGUUGUGGUUAAUACGCUGAACGGAUUAAUCGCCAAGCAGCCAUGAAUGCACGCGCAUAAGCACGCGGAUUACACAAAAGUAUAAUCUGCAUGAAAAUGAUUUUUCUAAGACUAAACAUGCAGGGUAAAUUUGCAGCCCGCAAGGACAUUCCCUUGCUGGCAGAACAUGGCUUCUCUUUCAUAUGCGGAUUUAAAGCUUGCUCGCUGUUAGUUCUUCAAUUAAAAAAACAACCCUGACUACAUAUUUACAUAAUUUAUACUUUAUCUCUCCUGUACGCAGAUAUUUAUUCUCACCAAAUAUAUUGCGUGUUACGUCGUACGCGACGACACAUGCUGGAAUGAUCAAUUUUCAUGUUUCCGUCUAGCGUACACCAAUACCAAAACGUUGACCUUUUCCUACAUUUUGUUCAAAUGUGUACGUCGCUCUUCUCGCGUACUGAACUUUGUAUCUCGGUUCGUUUUGCAUCGCGAAGAAAUAAAACUUCAUCGCGCGUCGCUACUAAUCGAUAAUGAGUAUUUACGUAUAGAAGGUAUGGUUUGGUGCAGGCAAUGCUGGGAGCCUGGAUGGGGAUUACACCUCUAAUCUCGCGCGCCACUAGCUUUAACACUGCGCCUCCUCCUUCAUCGUCCUGUUAUUAUUAAAAUUUACACAAGCGGGAUAUCGUCGCCGCGUGAUGUUGCCGCAACAUCUGGUAUUACUUGGCGUAACUUUAUUAACACUUUUUUAGAAGAGGAUUUCCGUGAGUAGAGCCGCGGCCACGACUGAAACCCUUUGACCUCUUCGCCCGGGAUCGUUUUCUUUCACGUCGUGCCGGAUCGAGUUGUCUAUCAGCCGCUCAUAGACCUGGGGCUUUAUACGCUCGGGUCUCCGUCUCUCCGAGUCGUAAGAAAGAAAAAAAAAGCGGACGUAUCUUUACAGCCAGCAUACCGGUCCGGAGACUGUUGUAUUAGCGGGAAAAGCCUUCCGAAUUUCUAGGGGUGAGAUUGGGUCCCACAGUUCCGUGAUGACUUGCUCAGAUGGCUCGUCCGAAGGUGACACAUUCUACUUCUGCGUCAUAAUGGUACGCCAAUAGGGGACCACGGUCUCUUGGGGUGGAGGUAUUACAUCUGAGAAUUCAUCUAGUAAUAUGUGAACACAUUUACUUCUGUUCUUCCUCCACAAUGGUGCAGCCCUCUGUCACAGUGUCGAAAUGUGUCCGUACCACAUCCCGGGAAUUCACAAGGGGAACUUUGUUCUGCCGCCGCCUCGGGAACGGCAGUCCUACUCCGAGUCGCUGGACCCCUUGAGCCAGAGGUUUCGGGGUUAUCUAAGGAACCACACACAUUCAUAAGCUGUUUGUUCUUGAAGGCAUAUAUAUUGCUUGCCGGAUUAUCUGUGACAAUAAAUAAAUCAAUAAAAAUAUCAGUAAUAAAUAAAUAUUUUAGUAUAUGGUUUUUAUCAGAUCUACUUAAAUUAAGGAACAGUUAAGUAAAAUCUUCGAGAGCACCUCUUGCGAGGCUUAGUAUUUCAGGGCCAGCUAAUAAGGGAUAAAAGAGGCUGACAAUUGUCUGGAGCGUCACCACAGCAUUCAGCCGCUCGACGAAUCGGAGCGUUACAAGAAGUACUACGAGAAGGUGGCUGGGUGACUUGGACAUGAGAGUGGACCUUCCAUUAUCAGGAAAAUAAUCAAACUUGGCUAGAGCUUUAGUUAUUGUAUUAAUAGUAAAUAGUGAUGAUAAUAUUGAACAUACUCCAUCAUUUAUAUCUGGAACCAUUCGGUAUAUUUUCUUAGUUCCUGAACUAAUAGAUUUUCCAUCAAAAUAUCUUAUUUUUCCAAACUCACAAAGUCUUAUUGAAAACUAAGUUUCUUCUAGUUUCAAAGAGAGGUUAACUUCUUCUAAAUUAUUUGAUAAAUCAUCUAAAAAUUUCUCCCUUAAUUAUUAAUUUUUUAAUCUUAACUUCUUCAGGUUUAUAUCUGAUUAAGACAACUUGGUUAUCUCCUUGACACAUAAUAUCUAUAGUUAAAUUGUUUUUUCCUGCUGUAAACUUUAUUAAGCGUAUUGUUAUAAUUGUCCACAAUUUUUGUCUCAUUCCUUCCAUUCCUCCUAAAUGCCCAUAAUAACAAUAAUCUCCUUCCAAAAGUAACAGUGUCGGGAUCAUAAUCUGGAGGGUACAAUCUAGAAUUAUUCAGAACAUAUACAAGAAGAAACUAUGUCACGAGUCUUCAACAGAAUUAAGUCUUUAUCCAAUAAUUUGAAGAGAUGAAACCAUGUUAUCCCAUGUGAUAAAUCAAUGGAGAGAAUUACUUGCGAGCAUUCCACGGCGGAUUCGACGGGAUCAUGGCGUAACGCGAGUUCAGAUUAAAAUCGGUAAUCCGUCGUCGAUUUGUGGCGCGGCGCGGAUCAUGCGGAAAUUUAUAGCCGAAUAUAAAUGCGUUCCCCGCGGCCGGCACGGUAUUUACAGUACGGGCAUAUAAAUCGCCGAACCGUUUCGCAAGCGAUUUAUACAUCGCGUUUCCGCCAUCUCGAAUUGAUUUACACAAUGAGCCUGUUGCACGAAUCCCCGACGAUCGUUCCGCCCUUUUUGCGAAACGGAUCCUUUCCACGAACGGACACUGGCAGAUGUUUUAUCGGCUAUCGGCUAUCUGGACGUUUACGGCCAAUUUCGGAUUUAUCGUUAAUCGACUUUCGCGGUGCGCGAUACGGUCAGAUUAAAUCGCAAUGUCUUCUUUCGGAAGGCGGAGAUAAACGUCGAGUUAACGGCGCGCGAUAAAUUUUAAAUUUAAAUUUCGUUCAAGCGCGCCUCUAAUUAGAUUCUACCAUUUUCUUUUUUAUCCCGCGUCUUCCGCCUCUUUCACCGGGGGGGACUCGGGAGACGAAUUUGGGGGACAUUAAGUGUAAUUAUGCUCGCGCAUACAUCUCUCGCUCUCUGCACGAUAAUAAAACCUUCGCGUGUUCCACUCGCUGCAGAGAUAUGAAGUGCAAGAUAAAAAAUAUUACAAGAGUAAUAAAUAUAAAAUGUUAUAAAUGAAGAAGUGCAGUAAGAUAAGUUCCAAUUAAGCAACCAGUUCUGAAACCAGGAGAGAAAGUAUUUCGUGUCACAAUGACGGAGCUGUUCAACAGCGUUUAAAUGCACGGACAUUUCUAUUUGUGUUACGGUACUAUUGUAGUGCGCACUGUUAUAAAAUCACUCUCGUUAAUAACUACAGCUAGUGGCUAUCAAAUUAUUUAUGCAAUCGUGGUGCGCUUGUUAUUACGUUCGAUUAUAAUCUCCACGUAUUAUUUCACUGUGUAGUAAAAAAAUGAUGAAACGCACGCAGGAAAGCAUGUUUUGCGUAUCUCAGCGACUUCCGCGCGAUCGAAAUUCGUCGAGAAAUUCUUUCACGGGAUACACGUAUCACCUACGCCGAGGAAAUUAUUACAAUUGUAACUAUUAUAACGCUUAUCAACGCUUGCUUUGAAUGAGAUCAAUCUCGUCCUCGAUUUCAUUUGUCAUACAUCCCGUCUGCAUAAACCGCUUACUAUUACUCGGUGUCAGGUUUGGAAACUAAUAGUAAUUCACGUUUGGUUUAAUCAGUUCAAAAAGUGGAAUAAAUUAUAAUUUAUUGACGUUGUCAUCGACACUCUCGUUAUGGUUCUCUUUCUUCAUACUUUCUUUUGAACAAAUCGACUUCUCGUAUUCCACCUCUCUUCUUUUCAUUUUAUGUAUUCCAAUCACUUUAAUUAUCAGCAAACAUCGAUAUGCUUCACACCAUUUAUAAACUAUAAUUAAGCGUGUAUAAUGAUACAAUCAAUAUAUAGAAAAAAAUGGAUAAAACAUGCACACUUAUAUCAUUCGCCAAAUGAAAAACCCCGCUGCAGUUACGGAGUUAUUUAUGAUACCGUACGAAUGGCCAACCUCAGAAACUUUAUGAUUCGAUACAAACCGUUACUCAAACACGUUACGGCAUCGGAAUAUUCAAGUCUGGCUAUUGAGUCGAUGUUAAAAACUUCGAUGUAAUCUUGAUCGAAUCUUAAUCUUGUACGAACUGAGAUAAUAUCGGCGGUGGAUGGGUAUUAAAAAAUUCUUCCCAUAACAUCACACAUUGUUGGCGCGAUAUCCAAUUUCUCAGUCAGUUAGGAAUUAAUUUAAAGAUACAUUUUAGAAAUAAAAUCCAUACUAUUCUUGUCUAUUUUUAAAAUAAAUGAUUAAAAGGUUAAAAUGUAAUAUGGGACAAAAAAAUGCGCUUAAUAGCAAAUUGCACACGAAGACGCUGUAGGGAAUUAACUGCCCGUCGCAUUCCGGCCUUUGACUCGACGUAUCGAUCACGGUGAUCGAUUGUAUUCACGGAAUUGUAUCGGAAACUCAAUCUGGGAUUAAAACGAUUGCGGUGUGUUGCGUAAGAGCGUGUGCACACGCAGUACGUUAUAUUAUAAUUAAUGGAUUGGUUAGAAACAUUUUUUCUUCGCAAACAAUUGAGAUUAUGAGGCUUUUUUUCUUUCUUUUCUUCUAAAAAUAUUGUCUGACAUUCGUUUAACGCGUGCCAAUUUAUUUCUACUUACCGAUCGAAAGAUAAGCUGAAUCGAGCAAUCGUUUUUUUUUUUUUUUUUUCCCCGAUUCGAAUAUUUAUGUGACAUCGACAUUUUCUCGUUGAUCAAGAA